UGCGCCGCGCGCGCACACACGCACGCACGCAGGCACGCACGUCGCACGAGUCGAAGACGGAGAGUGACGGAGAGUACAGGCUUUUGUGUACAGAUCCGAUUCGGCCGCGAACGAGUCCCUGUCGAAGCGCGCGUUGACGUGCACGGAUACUGCCGACGCAUGAUUCUCUCGGACGGGAGCAUUUUCGGCGCGGUGACACGCACGUCGGACGUGCGAAAAUGUCGCGAUAAGAUAGCCAUCACUACGACGACGACGACGACGACCACGACGACGACGGCGAUCGCAAGGCGCGCCGCCGCGGCCCUUCCUCAGGAUAGACGCGAAUCGACGACGCGACCAUGUCCCUAAGUAACGUCAUCGAGUGGACGACGACCGACGUGAAGGAGUGGCUCGUGGAGAACGGCCACGAGGAGUACGCGGACCUGUUCUACCACCACGAGAUCGACGGGAAGGUGCUGCUGACGCUGAAGGAGGAGGACCUGAAGUCCAGCAUUCUCAACAUAAGGAAGAUCGGCGCGAUAAAGAAAUUGUAUCUGGCCGUAAAGCAACUGCAGAGGGACAAUGUCGCCGUUCUGUUCGACCUGGGAUACGUGGAUUUGUUUCCCUCGACAAAUUUUUAUACGCAUCAGAAUAAGCAUGAGAUGCCCAGUACCGGUACAAAUAACGAGACGUCCAUCGAGAACGAAUUCUAUUCAGCCUCGGUGUCGGAGGAUGGACACGCCUCACAUUUGCCAACCGAGAUCUGGAAGACGGUCAUCAGUUUGGGAUAUUUAUUUAUCGUCACGUGGAUUACUGCCUUUGUGAUGGUUAUCGUUCACGACAGAGUGCCUGAUAUGAAGAAGUAUCCCCCAUUGCCAGACAUAUUUUUAGACAACGUACCUCAUAUCCCAUGGGCGUUUGACAUGUGCGAAGUUACCGGUACACUGCUUUUUGCGAUAUGGCUUGUUGUGCUUAUAUUUCACAAGUAUAGAUUUAUUUUGUUACGGAGGUUUUUCGCACUGUCGGGUACAGUCUUCCUGCUGAGAUGCGUGACGAUGCUCAUCACCUCGUUGUCGGUGCCAGGCGCGCACCUCCAAUGCCAACCACGGAAAAUCCCGGACGAAGAUUGGUCAAACCCCGCGUACGUCGAACUGUACAAUAAAAUAGCGAUGGCUUAUGUCAUCUGGCGUGGUGCCGGCAUGUCUAUUCAAGGUGUAAGAACUUGCGGGGAUUACAUGUUUAGCGGGCAUACAGUGGCGUUAACGAUGCUUAACUUCUUCAUCACAGAAUAUACCCCCAGACACUUGUACUUUCUGCAUACGUUUACAUGGAUGCUCAACAUGUUCGGUAUCUUUUUCAUCCUGGCGGCGCACGAGCAUUACUCCAUCGACGUUUUCGUCGCAUUUUAUAUAACUUCGCGAUUAUUUCUAUACUACCACACGCUGGCGAAUAAUCAAGCGCUGAUGCAGCGCGACUCGAUCAGGACCAGAAUCUGGUUUCCGUUGUUUAGCUUCUUCGAGGCGUCCGUUGACGGUAUUGUUCCUAAUGAGUACGAAUCGCCGUCCUUGAUAGUUUGCAAUCUGGUAGGCACGGGGAAGAACAUCUGGUGUUGCGUACGGUCGCGGAUUUCCUUCCGGAAAACGCAGCGCAACAUUAAUGGCAGUUUGAGCAGCACAAAAAAGGAAUACUAACGUCAAACGUGGUGCAUAUUUUAUCUUUUUUAAUUGCUACAUUCGACUGCUACAACGUUUUCAAGAUAAAUAUGCCAUGUAGGGGAACACUUUGUCGAUUUUUCCAACCCCCAGUCAAGUCCAGCACACAAAAAUACAUACACAUAUACAUGAAAUGCGUACACAAAGGGAAAAAGGGGACGAGAGAAUAACAUUUCUUUGGAAUGGUUCUUUAUGUCUAGAAAUAGUAUUUAAGUUUCGAAGAAAUGUAAGUGAUCCUACAUUGUAUAUUUAUCUUCUCAGAAUGUUGACUGUUUUGACAAAUCUGUUUGUAUGUUGAAAAAGAUGUAACAUUAAUUCUAAAUAUUUAUUUUUGCGAUAGGAUUAUCACGAUACCUGAAAGAGAUUGAGUAAUUUAUGAUACAAUUGAUUAAUAUUACAUAAUAGUUAACUUUUUGCUAUCACAAAAAUUAAAUGUAAUCUAUACCUGUUUCAACCAAUGUAGAUUAACUUUAAUCUCGGUUCAACUUGCUCUUUUUCCAACGAUUAGAAAAAGACGAAGAGUGAGUUAAGCCGAGAUUAAAGUUAAUCUUUAUCGGUGGAAACGGGCAUUAUUCAUUAAGAAAUUUCCAAAGACAAAGCGUAGCGUAUAAUGUAUUUUACCAAUUCGACAUGCGUUUUCCAAGCAUGUUGCAUCGUCUGAGACUCUUACUUUUUUUUUUAAUGUGUGUAAUAUAUAUGUAUAUAUUACUCACGUAACUUGCUCAUAAGUACUUUGUUUUCUUUUUGUGAUACAAGAGGAAAGUUAAGUUAAUAUUGUGGCGGCCUGCAGGGAUGUUAGAUUUUAUCAGGAAUGUUGAAUGAUUUCUCCCAUAGCUAUCAAACUUAAUAAUAACGAUAUUUUAGACUUUCUAGAUUAGACAUAUCUUUGAAGACGUAUAUUUUUGUUCGUUAACGAACGCGCGCAACAUUUUAAGAGUUAAUGUAUGUUAUACUAUCAUGCAUUCCUGAUACUUGAUAAAAAUUAAUAAUUUAAGACUCCUGUUUGCUCAUUGUAGCCAUAUUGAAAUCGUACGAAUUUUUUUGCGCUAUACGUAUUACAAAUAAGUUAAAUUUUGCACAUGUUAUCACAUGCAUUCGAUAUAUUGAUGCGAUAUGUUGUCUUUUAUCGGUUUUGAUAGUAAUAAGGUGUAUAUUGAUCAAUAAUCCUUUAUUUCUGUUGGAAAUGUAAGACAUACGCAGACAUACAUGCUUGUGUUAAUGCAUGUUCAUAAUAAGAGAAAUUUUUCACUUGGAAGAAAAUUUAUAUGAUUUUGAUAUGGUGACAGUGAGAAGGCAGGGGGCACAUUAACAGAUGUGGUAUUAUUAAACAGAGGCUGAAAAUACUGCUGUUAUUGUGACUUCUAAUGUAUAUAAAAUUCGUGCGUAAAAUACUUGUAUGGAUGUAAUUGUACGAAUAGCUUCUAUACGUUACAUAGAAGCUAUUGCCAACAGUAUAUAAUAGCUUUUUACUAUUUCAUCCAUAUCUAUUUUUUACUUAUGUGAUAAAUAACUUAAUCUUGUUCGCGUUAACGAGUACUGAUUAUUGGUAACUUGUUGAUGGUGCCUGAUUGUUGGUGUUUAUUACUUUAUAUACUUCCAAAAAAAAAACUAUGCAAUGGUAAGAAAAAACUUUCUCUCUCUCAUGCUAAUAUCGACCAAUACACCGACUAGCUUGAAAAACAGUCGGAUUGAUUUGCAGACGAUUGAGAAAAAUAGCACGAAUAAAAAAUGUCAAUAUUUCAGUAA